UAGAUUAAAGCGAAUGGUUCGCGAACUCAGCAACGCCAGCAAAGGCAGAAUGUGCAAAUAUUCUAUAAACAAAUGCAUAAGUGACUUGAAAAUAAGUGAAAAACAAGCGCAAAUCUAAAAAUAUGCAACACAAACAUAAUCUCAUAGCGUGAAAAGAAUAAUUUUUGCAAACUUUUCACAGCGAGUUGGUCAAAGUCGGCGGCAGAAAUUCGCAGUCAAGCGCCGAGUGCCUCAGUGUUUGCGACUUAAUUAACCGUUAAUUGAAUUACAAACUCAAAUUAAAUAAAAACAUUUUGUUUUCGCAAUCUAGAAAUAUUACAUCAGCGCCGCAAAAUUACAUAAAAACAAUAAGACUUUAUUACUAGCGCCGUGCACGCCGUCCGUGCUGCCAUAUCUACCAGAUUUUGGUAGAAAAAAUACAAAAAAAAACAACAAAAACAAAUAUAAAUAAAUUUCGUACUGCAAUUUGUUGUUACGAAAAUAGUACAUAAAACAACAACAAUAGCAACACAGUUGCAAGUGUUAUUAAAUUGCACGCCGACAAAAUGUUGAAAAUAUUCAAGAGCAAGAAAGACAAGUUGCCAAAAUCGGAAAUCAUCACUUGUGAACCGCAGGUGACCAAAGAGCCGCGCACGAAAUGCGGCAAACCGCUGGUGUUGGACAACACGCGAUGGGAGAGAAGAUUACACAAAGAGUUGAUGUCGCUGAUAAAGGAACCGCCACCGGGUGUUACCGUCGAUACCGAUAGUAUAGGACAAAACUUAUCAGAAUGGAAAAUAAAUAUUGCCGGUUUCGAAGGCACCCUGUAUGAGGGUGAAAACUUUCAGCUACUCUUCAAAUUCAACAAUAAAUAUCCCUUCGAUUCGCCAGAGGUGACGUUUAUUGGCAACAAUAUACCUGUGCAUCCGCACGUCUACUCUAAUGGACAUAUCUGCCUUUCCAUAUUGACAGAAGAUUGGUCGCCAGCGCUAUCAGUACAAUCUGUCUGUCUCAGCAUAGCAUCGAUGCUUAGUAGUUGCCGUGAAAAGAAGCGUCCACCAGAUAAUACGUUAUACGUAAAAACCUGCAAUAAGAAUCCGAAAAAGACCAAAUGGUGGUAUCAUGACGAUUCGGUCUAGUGGAAGUUGAAUACCGCUACCUACCGGUACACAAAUAAGCUGUUCGCUGCACUGACAAACUCAUUGCUGGUACUUAGAAUGGAACUACAACAACAAAUUACGCAAAUAUACACUGAGAGUAAAUUGUCUGUGAAAAAAAUACGCCGACGUGUAAAACUCAAACGUAAACGCGCAUCCACAAACACACACACACACAUAACUAAUCAACUGUAAAUUGCAAACAAACAAACAAAAACCAAAACAUAAAACAGCUAAAAGAAAAUUAUAUACUAAAACAGCUGUUUGUUUGGGAGGAAAGCGUUUGAGCAGAGGGCAGCCUGUGAUGUGACUUUGCGCAGGCGUAUGCGUGAAAAAAGAAAUAUCGUAUUUUAAAUUUACAUAUACAUACAUACAUACAUAUAUUUUAAUUAUUACAUACUUUUUACUUUAACUUAGCGCGCCAACAACAAAAAGAAAAGCAAACUUAAAAUAAAUAUAAAUUUAAUGAAGGCAAAGACAGAGGAAAAAUAACAUUUUUGAGACGCAAACAUGCAUUAUACACACACAUACAAACAUACAGACAACUUAUCUAUACAACAUAGCACACAUAAUACUGAUAAAAUGAUUUAAAGCAAAAGCAAACAACGUUAAAUGGAAAAAGUGUCUAAAUUUUCGAAAAUAACAAAAAAUAAAAAUCAUGAAUUAUAAUUAUGUUAUGCGUGUAUGAAUAUUUAGGCUAGCGUGUUUGAAAAGACAUUUUUUCUAAAGUUUGUAAAAUUCCAGAAAAUGUAGUAAAAUUACAACGAAGCGUAAUUUUAUAAAAAAAAAACAUCAAACGUAUUAACAGUUAUUUAUUGCUGCAUGUUUUUUUGUGUUAGUUUUUUUUUAUUUAAUAUUUUUUUGUGUGCUUUGUUUUAGCUUUUCUGUGAAAAUAACAACAAAGUUAUAAUUGGAUAUGCAAAAAGAAAGCAAACAUUACAAUUAAACAAGUAAAAUGUUCUUUGAAAUAUAACAGUAAUUAUCUAAUGAAUGUUGCAAACUCGUCUGCAAUGCAGCAACAACAUUCCACAGUGUGUUUGCUGAAAGUGCAAUAAAGCCCAACAAACCUAACCAAACAAUAUAUAAUAUUUUAUAAAUAAAAUUUUUUGCCAAAAAAAAAUUAAAUUUUAACAAAAAUAAUUUAUUGCGCUGCUGUAGUUAUUUAAAAAUAUUUUCUGCUUCAUUUAUAGCAAUAAAGCGUAACGCAAAAAGUUAAAGUAAAUAAAAAAUGUGAAAAUUAAAUGCGUCAAGCGUCGAAAAUACAAUUAAUUUUUCACUUGCAACCCUGCAUAGCGUACUUUGCGCUUUAUAAACGUAUUUACUAAAUUUGCCUGGUAGAAUUUUCUUUUAAACUCGCUGUAUGCUUGUGUGUUUCGCGCUUUGUUAGCUUGUAGUCCCAACGAUUUGGUGCAAUUCGUUUGUAUCGUUCAUAUUUUUAGCUUUGAGUUGUCAACUGUAUUGUAGACCUGUCAGUAAACGUGUGAUUUCCUUUCUCAUAUGAUCUGCAUAUGAUAUAUUAUUAAUUAAUUAAUUACGUUUUCCUUAUCAAUUCAGUAAUUGCCAAUUCUUUACACGUACAUACACAUACCUUAAUUAAUAUUUAUAUAUAAAAUAUAGAUAUAUACACACAAAUACAUAUUUACUUGUAUUUUAGUACGCGGUAUGUAAGUAUACCGUUAAAUCAUUAUGAUAAUUUUACAUUUACACCACCCCCCCUUUCUUAAUAAUAACUUUGUAAUAUUGUGUUUGUCUAUAAAGUGUAUUUUUAUUUCUGUUUAUUAUAUACUUACAAUAAAUACAUACGUAUAGUUACAUAAGUGUCGAUUUAUGUGUAAGUCAAGUAUGAAGUAAAAUAAGUAUGUGAAUUGCUAAACGCAGUUAAAACAAUCUUAAUUAUAACAAUAAAUGCGUGUCAUUCUCAAGUAUUCAAUAAAACAAAACACUUAUGAUUAUAAUGAAAACAUACAUAUUAAAUGAA